AUGGAAAGUGAACUUCAUGAAAUAAAAGCCAAGUACAACAAACUAAGAACUUCCUUUUAUGAUGCUCAGUCUUGCGAUCUCUCGGUGGAUGGCUGGACAGUUUGUCGUGGGAUGAUUUACUUCAGCACUGAUAAACGAGACUGGUCAAGCAGUCGUGCUGUGUGUGUUUCAAUGGGAGCUGAUCUAGUUACCAUAACCAGCCAAAAAGAACAGGACUUCCUGGUGUCUAAAAUUAAAGUGACUCACUGGAUCGGUCUUAAUGAUCAGGAGACUGAAGGUCGAUGGGUUUGGGUGAAUAACAAAACUCUUGAGGAGACCGGAGUAAAGUUCUGGUUCAAAAAAGAACCUGAUAACUGGAAGGUGAUGGAUCCAUCUGGAGAAAACUGUGCCAGUCUGGGAGACAGCAUCGGCAAUGUACACACUUGGUUUGAUGGUUCUUGCAAAGAGCCAAAGAGGUUUAUUUGUCAAAAGAAAUAAAAACUUACACUGCCUGUGUUCACUACUCACUGGGAUGGGUUAAACGCACAUACGAGUUGCAUACUUAAACAUGUCACUUUCACUUUUCUUUUUAAAUAUAGUCUGAAUAUAUGCUGCCUUCACGUGCUAUGGUAAUUAUGGUAACCAUCAAAAGCCGACAUGGAAAAUGCACAUGAACACAUGUGGUAUUUUCCACUGGGCAACUCGUAGAAUAUACUGAUGCACGAGUUGCCGAGAUGAGAUAACCUUUGACCGUUUCAAAAUGGCGGAGAGUAACAGAAGAGUGGUGAAUGAUAAGCAUUGUACACUACUAAACGUUUUUUGCUACUGUCAGUUUUAAAAAUACUGUUAUGGUUUGGUGUUACCCUGCCAGAGCAGAUGCUGUCAAUAGGAGCGUCCUAGUAAUGAGCAAUCAGGCAGUUUACUUACGUGAAUGUAUUUUCCCUACAGUACGACAACAAAAGCACAUGAACACAACACACAGUUCACAAAUGUUAAAUAUUAUCUUUUCCAUAGCACGUGAAGGCAGCAAGUCUAAGGGCGCACUCACAUUAUCUAAACCAAACCACGCUGGGCGCGUUUGACUCCAAAAGCCUGGUUCGCUUGACUAGUAUGAUUGCUCUGUACUGCACCCAGGCAGUUUGGUUAAUUUUGCACUGGCUGGGUUGCAGAGGUGGGCUGGAGCGCUAAUUGCGGCAGAGCGUGUUUCAAAAGCGUGUUUUGCUCUUUGCUCCCCCUACAGGUUAGAAGCGGAAUUGUCCAUUACCACUGUAGGUCUGCCGUAAAGCAAGGUUUUGUAGUUUUCCCUCGAACUACAGGACCCCGACGGUUGGAAACUUCUUUAGUGCGGUUUUGGCCGAUAAAGGGCUGCAAAGCGAAUGUGAAAGUUCCGUACACCUUGUUGCAAGUGGAUGAACGACUGAAACUUUUUUGAAAACAAUAUUUUAACGUAAAAAAAACUCUUUGGUGUUGCUUUAAGGUUUUUUUCCCCAAAACAAUCGCAUCCUAAUGACGAAAGCGGGCUUGGAUCGAUAAAAGUACAGUGUGAGUGAAUGCUUCU